AUGGACGACAUUCACUCCCUCGAGUGCGUCCGCUCGAAGAUUAAGACGUUGCAAUGCCAGGCGAAGAGUGCCGAGGAGCGGGCAGCCUGCCUCAAUAGCGACCUCUACUCGGAGAAGCAGGCCCGCGAGGAGUUGAAGUUCAGCACACAGAUGUGUCCUUUGCAUGCAUUCUUGUUGCACGCGCGUGUCCGCGACGCACUCCGUUUGCGCGUGUCCGUGACGCAGGCGGAGAGCCGCGUGGCGUGCAUGGGCAAGCAGGUGCACGUGACACGGGCAGAGCUGAGCCGUGCCGAGCAGGACCUGCAUCUGGUGCUGGAUCAGCUAAACGACGCCGAGCACGUGGCCUGCGAGUACAAGAAGGCAAUGUGUGACCUGGAAGACCGCGUGCUCUGCGGGGAGCAGACCAUCGAGGAGCAGUGCAUGCAGCUGAAGCGCGCUCGGGAGAUGCUCACGGAGACCGAGUGCCAAUUCAAGGAGGCCAACAGAGUGCUGCGGAUUCUGGAAGGCGACCUCAUCAAGUCGGAGGAGCGCGCAUGCUGCUCUGAGCAGGGCGUGGUGCAGCUGGAGAAGAAGCUGAAGAAGUUGAAGGAGGAGCUGCUGCUCAUGUUCCGCAACGAGGAGAUGCUGCUGCACUCGGAGAAGAUGUACGAGAAGGAGAUGGCGAGCCAGAUGGAGAGGCUGCACGACAUGGAGGUGCGUGCGGAGUGCGCGGAGAAGCACACGCGCAAGCUGGAGAAGGUGGUGCACCAGCUGGAGGACAAACUCUCCCAGGCUGAGUGCGUGAACGUCGACCUGGAGAGUGAGAUGACGCACAUCUUCUGCGAGCUCAAGCGAUGCCUCUGAGCUUGGCGGCGGGGGUCACCAGGGGGGUCACGUUCCACUGUCAUGACCCCCAACCCCCCGAUAUUACCAGAAGUCGGGCGUGACAUUGCUGGUCACGACACGCGCGCUAACGGUGAUAUCAUUAAAAGUGCCCGUCGGUAACAUUGAG